GGGAAAAAGAAAGUGCGGCGGAAAGUAAGAGGCUAGUCGGGGAAGGCUGCCAGCAUCUGGCUCUCCUGGGUUCAGCUUGGAGCAGGGCUCUGAAAGAGGCAGUGGCCGGCCACCCUGCACCCAUCUGGUCGCUGUCGCCUAGUAAGGAUGAGACUUCUGUGGUGUUUGAUUAGUUUGUCCUUCUAUGGGAUCCUGCAGACUCAUGCUUCGGAACGCUGUGAUGACUGGGGACUAGAUACCAUGCGACAAGUCCAAGUGUUUGAAGAUGAGCCAGCUCGCAUCAAGUGCCCCCUCUUUGAACACUUCCUGAAGUACAACUACAGCACUGCCCAUUCCUCUGGCCUUACCCUGAUCUGGUACUGGACCAGGCAAGACCGGGACCUGGAGGAGCCCAUUAACUUCCGCCUCCCAGAGAAUCGCAUCAGUAAAGAGAAAGAUGUGCUCUGGUUCCGGCCCACCCUCCUCAAUGACACGGGCAAUUACACCUGCAUGUUGAGGAACACAACUUACUGCAGCAAAGUUGCAUUUCCCCUGGAAGUUGUUCAGAAGGACAGCUGUUUCAAUUCCCCCAUGAGACUCCCAGUGCACAAGAUGUAUAUUGAACAUGGUAUUCAUAAGAUCACAUGUCCAAAUGUAGAUGGGUACUUUCCUUCCAAUGUCAAACCAACAGUCACUUGGUAUAAGGGUUGUACUGAAAUCGUGGAUUUUCAUAAUGUACUACCUGAGGGCAUGAACUUGAGUUUUUUCAUCCCCUUGGUUUCAAAUAACGGAAAUUAUACGUGUGUGGUUACAUAUCCUGAAAACGGACGCCUCUUUCACCUCACCAGGACUGUGACUGUACAGGUGGUAGGCUCACCAAAGGAUGCGUUACCACCCCAGAUCUAUUCUCCGAAUGACCGCAUUGUCUAUGAGAAAGAACCAGGAGAGGAGCUGGUUAUCCCAUGUAAAGUCUACUUCAGUUUCAUUAUGGACUCCCACAAUGAGGUCUGGUGGACCAUUGAUGGAAAGAAACCUGAUGACAUCACUGUUGACAUCACUAUUAAUGAAAGUAUAAGUUAUUCUCCAACUGAAGAUGAAACAAGAACUCAGAUUUUGAGCAUCAAGAAAGUCACCCCUGAGGAUCUCAGGCGCAACUAUGUCUGUCAUGCUCGAAAUACCAAAGGGGAAGCUGAGCGAGCAGCCAAGGUGAAACAGAAAGUCAUACCUCCAAGGUACACAGUAGAACUUGCCUGUGGUUUUGGAGCCACGGUCUUUCUGGUAGUGGUUCUCAUCGUGGUCUACCAUGUUUACUGGCUGGAGAUGGUCCUCUUUUACCGGGCUCAUUUUGGAACAGAUGAAACAAUUCUUGAUGGAAAGGAGUAUGAUAUUUAUGUUUCCUAUGCAAGAAAUGCGGAAGAAGAGGAGUUUGUGUUAUUGACACUACGAGGAGUUUUGGAGAAUGAGUUUGGAUACAAGCUGUGCAUCUUCGACAGAGACAGCCUGCCAGGGGGAAUUGUCACAGAUGAGACCCUGAGCUUCAUUCAGAAAAGCAGACGACUCCUGGUUGUCCUAAGCCCCAACUACGUGCUCCAGGGAACACAAGCCCUCCUGGAGCUCAAGGCUGGCCUAGAAAAUAUGGCCUCCCGGGGCAACAUCAACGUCAUUUUAGUGCAGUACAAAGCUGUGAAGGACAUGAAGGUGAAAGAGCUGAAGCGGGCUAAGACGGUGCUCACGGUCAUUAAAUGGAAAGGGGAGAAAUCCAAGUAUCCUCAGGGCAGGUUCUGGAAGCAGCUGCAGGUGGCCAUGCCAGUGAAGAAGAGUCCCCGGUGGUCUAGCAGUGACAAGCAGGGUCUCUCCUACUCAUCCCUGAAAAACGUAUGAAAGGGAAAGUGAGGGGGUGAAAAGAACAAAGGUGUUCAUGGGAGGAAGGGCCCCCUCUUCCCUCCUAGGAUGUGGCUUCAUAGACAGAAAAAGAGUCCUGUCUAAGCCCCCUCGGAGGAAACCAUUCUGGUACUGUUACAGUUGGCAGCUCUGUUUCUCAGCAAUACUAAGGGUUACAGUGAUGGACUCCACAGUCCAUCGCCAGUUCUAAAAGCCAUUAUGUCUUUACAAGUAAAGAUGUGUCUCAUGCAUCCUCCCCCUCUGUUCUCCCCUCUUUUCGAAUCUCUUUGUAAAAAUCUCACCGUUUGGGAGCUACUUUGUCCAGUGACUCAAAACUCCGUUUAAAGAUACGUUACCUGCUGACAGGAGUAUUGCCUGUUUCUCAGUAGGACUCUCCUUUAAUUUUCUUUUCUUUUCCGUUAUCCAUUAAGCAUGUAAUCAGGGACUAAACCUGUGUGUGCUGAGGCUAUUUCAAUCCUUUGCUUCUGUGUCUGUUGCAUCUACCACCUCAGCAAGACUAACAGUCAAACUACAGCUGUUCUUCAUGACUGAUUAAGUGGCAUACUGCCUUCCUGCUACUAAACCCCAUUUUCUCUCAUCUCAGGUAAUGGAUGUCAUAUUUAUAAACUUGAAAAAGCCAUGGCUUUUGUUUUUAUCAUAGUAAUUUCUCAACUGUCUACAGAUAGACAGGUCUGUACUUGUCCCUUUAUCUCCCGACCUAUUGCAUCUAUCAUUCAUAUCUCAUAGGCAGUGCCACACUUGGUGCAGUCUGAGGGGAAGCUUUUAAUGGUGCUAAUGGAGAGUGAGAAAAUGCACAAAAUGCUCUCUGGGCAGUUUUCCCAUGGGAAGAGAGCAGAGACGAGAAUGCUUGCCGUUUGUUUGUUAAUUCAGACCUUACUAAUGGGAAAACCAGGAAAGUGGUUAAUCCUCACUCAUUCACACACCUCUUCAUUAUGAAGUGGAGGUGAGAGGUACUGAGUUUCCUUUUGGCAUUACUAUACCAAAAGAAUGACUAUUCAUGAUAAUUAAUUGUCUAGUACCUGUUGUACCUUGCGACAAAUGAGUCACUCUGCAAGUCAUUAAUAAUGAAGUGGUUUUAUUAGUUUCAAGCAGAAUUUCACUAUUGCUAAGACUUGUAAAAGUGAAAACCAAGUACAAAAUUUACAUUUAAAGAGGCCAAUUUCUAUUUCAUAUCUAACAUGUGUAUAUCUGUAUAUACACAUAUACAUAUAUAUGAUCUCUGUACACAUGAAUUUUAUAUGUUUAUGUAUAUAGAAGUGUCCACAAAUUACAUGUAUGUGUGUAUAUCCACCUGCCUAUAAAUUAUCUAUGUGUAUUAUUUUGGGCUAUACAUAAUCACACACAUACAUCUUUCAAUAGCCAUUGGCAAACUAUUAAAAGCCAGUAGAACUAGUGUUCAGUCUUUAAAUUAUGUUAAUAAUGUUAUGGUUUUGUGUUGAUGUUUUCAUUUCAUUCCUGUUCCAUUUGUGAAUUCCUGGCUCUCUGUAUAUAGUUGUCAUAGUUCCUGCCUCCCCUAAAUUAAUAUGAACGAAUUAGCGCCUCAACAGUUGUUCUGGGUUGCAGGGGAAUCUCUUGUCUGUCAACCUCCCAUUGCCACUGCUCGUCAGUGGUCAUCUGAUAUUGCUUCUGGUUCCACUUUAUUCCCUGAAGACACAUUUAGAAUCAAAGUUAUAUUAAACUAUGAGGACCCAUGAAGAAAAACAGAUAUACUUAUUAAGGAGUCUGAGUAUCCUAUGACGCAUGACUCAUAAUUUAAGGAAGACCUUAUCCAAGUUUUGUUAAUAAUGUUAAUAAGCAAUUCUAAAAUUAUCUAUUAAUUAUUUGUCAGUACUGAAGUCCACAGUUAACUAUUGCUUUAUGUUAGAAUUAUUGAGUACUUUAAAUUGAAAAGAGUUCCCCUCUGAUCCUUGACUCAAAACGAUGAUAUAGUAUCGUUCUUGCAUCUAACCUUUUAGAAGUGCUAAUGCUUUUUUUGGUAUUUCAAAUAAUUGCCAUUUCUACUAAUAACCCUUUAAGCACAGUACCAGAGAAGUUCUACAUAAGCUUUGAAUGUUAACUCCAUAGGUUAUGGGAAAGCUCAUCACCACAGGUGGUUCCCUCUGUACUGUGUAGUUUUUGCACAGUUGGACUCUAUAUUCAUCCCAGCCACAAUUAUGUCACCUCCAUGUUUUUCUAUUUAUGGUCCCUUCUUAUUCUGAGCCCACUCUAGUGCUAUAGUGUAAAGUAUAUCAUAUACAAAUAGCCUAUCUCAUUCUAAGUGAACUUAAUUUCAAGGCUCUUCUUGUCUGUGUUUCAGAAGAUGCUCCAAACAGAACAGCAGACUGGGGGUGGGGGAGGGGAGGAAGGCUCACACUAGUAUUUUAGAGGACAAGAAAACACAUCAUGUCUCUUGUUUAUAAAAAUAAAAAAGUCAUGGUUUUAAAUUUAUGAUAAUGAGAACUUCUGUACCCAGGUAAACAAAGAACCCUGCUAUACAGAGUAUAUACUUAUACAGCCACAUGUGAUUUAAUUCUCUUUUGUACCUUAGAUGAGUCCCAGAAAUUCUAAUAAUAAAAAGUACUGUUUUGUAUUGAGAAACAAAAGGAUCACUCCACUUGUUAACUACCCAUUUGUUUCCAUAGGUUUUAGUACUUUAAGACCAUUUUUUUCAUUUUAUUCAUAAGCAUGUGUAUUUUCCAUUUUCAUUUGAUUUGUAUAUUUACAUAUUUUUGCAAUAAACCAUUUAUUUUCACCUUUGAA